AUGUUGCCCGCCUAGAAGAGCCACUCGCUCUGUAGUGUUGUCACACAAGAUAAGCACGCCGCCCGCCUGCUGGCCGGGCGAAUCGAAGUUCUCUUCCAGUCAACUGUCCACCCAGUCAAGUGCAAAAAACACAGUAGAAUCACGCAACGCACGCUGCUGGUGUGCUUCCUGCCCGCGAGGAAAGAAAGAAGAGCGACAAGGUUGAGUUCUAAUUUGACUGUUUGCAGCAUGGGAGCAGAUUACCCAAAAAAUCCCUGGGAACAAUGAAAAAAAAAAAGAUAUCUCGGUAACAAAAACCAUAGGGGGCUGUAUUGGCGAGAUCCAACGGUGAACAGCUGCCAAAAAUCAAAACCGCCUGGAAGUCUGAGGACCUUUAGUACCGUACCCCCAAACCAGCAGCCUUCGCGCCAAGCAAGACCGCCCUUGUCCCUCUCCUUUCAGUCGAGUAAUACCUCGGGAAGUAGGGCUCCUAUUGACUAAAGAUUGGUUUUUCGCUUUCCUUUAGAAUGAAAGUAGCUAUGAAGCCCCUACCUACAACCUACUUUGUUUGAUUCAAAAGGCGAACAGCCCCCCCAACUAGUCGUAUGGGGUGGGGUUUUUGUGGUAAGCUGCCUUGGAUAUGAGAAAUUCCUAAAAAAAAGGCAAUGUCCGCUAUUAGACGAAGAUCUUCCUAUCAAUAGAUAGGUAUUAGUGUUCGAUAUAGGGGAUAGGAUCUAUCUGCUCUCUCUUAAAAAAAUUGAGAGAGCAGAUAUAACGAUAUAAAAUCGGAAGGAUAGAUAGACAUAUAAAGAAAGGGAUGUCUAUUCUAUUCCUCUUUUUUUUAUAGAAAGAAAAGAUAUCUCGUUCAUCUAUCUUUUGUUUAUUUAUCAUUGAUUCUAUCUAUGAAUCAAGUCGAAUUCGUUUUUGGCCGAAGCCCCGAAUGGAUUGGAUUGUUUACGCCAACGAAAUGAACGCGGAGCCCGUUCGGAAUGCUUCUUCGAUCCGAAAGUUCUCGCGUAGAGAAUAAGAUGCUGCUCCCCCUCCCUCUGUCUUUUUUCGCUUUGCUAAUCUUCCCCUCUAACGGGGGCCAGGCGGCGGCGGGCGCGGGAGGAAAAAACCUAAGAGAAGACGCUCUUAGGUCCUUCUUUUUUCAGUGCAACAUAGGAAAGCGCCCUCUUUUUGUCAUCUCUGCAGCUUUCCAGAUUUUGUAUUGAACGCAUGGCGUAGCUAGGACCUUCAAAUCAUGUUUGAGCCUAUGUUCAAACAAAACCCAUCCCCCGGCUGGAAAGAAUGCCCACCAAGUUCUGAUAAGGUCUCGACGAGCCCCAGAAAGGCUCGGCGAAGGGAGGGAGAUGCGGCGGGGAAAGGAAAAGGCUUUUGGAGAUCGAGAGAUUUUCUUUCUUGGCCGAGGAUGGCCUACGGUGCGUGUUAUCUGAAGGGAGCACGCUUUUUCGACCGCGGUGCUAUGAUUGCCGGAGCCUCUCCUCGUUCCGCCCGCUGGCCUAUUGGGAUAGCAGCCUGCGGGCUUUCCCUGCCCAUUAGAAUAUAAUAAAAAAUUCUGGCUCGGCCCGGGAAAGCGCUGGCAACAACAGAAAAGAAGGGGUCCAUGUAGCUGCUGCGUCCGCCCCUCUUCUUAGUCAAUGGGGCAGCAGGUUCGGCAUCUACUAGAAAAGAGAGAAUCCACUUCAGAUAACCACACCUCGGCUAGGCAGCGUGUGGAAUGGCCGAGAGCGGACCUUUUUGGAUAUAUAAUCCAAGUCGAGAGUUGAGUUACAGGAACAGCCGUCUGAUGGAAAAAAACUUUCACGUUUGGUUCAGAGAGCACUUUUUUCGUUGAGAAUUCCUCGUUCCCUUUCGUGUGAAUUCCCCAGUGGUGAAUUUCAAACUUGUGGGUCUACUCAAUCUCUCGAGCCCCGAAGAAAACCCCCUCCCCCUCGGACUCCAUAUUCCUUUUGACUCUAUAUAUGUGGGCACCAGAUAUCUAUGAGGGUUCACCCACCCCGGUUACAGCAUUCCUUUCUAUUGCGCCUAAAAUCUCUAUUUCUGCUAAUAUUUUACGUGUUUCUAUUGGUUCCUAUGGAGCUACAUUGCAACAAAUCUUCUUUUUCUGCAGCAUUGCUUCUAUGAUCUUAGGAGCACUGGCCGCCAUGGCCCAAACGAAAGUCAAAAGACCUCUAGCUCAUAGUUCAAUUGGACAUGUAGGUUAUGUUCGUACUGGUUUCUCAUGUGGAACCAUAGAAGGAAUUUAAUCACUACUAAUUGGUAUCUUUAUUUAUGCAUUAAUGACGAUGGAUACAUUCGCCAUAGUUUCAGCAUUACGGAAAACCCGUGUCAAAUAUAUAGCGGAUUUGGGCGCUCUAGCCAAAACGAAUCCUAUUUCGGCUAUUACCUUCUCCAUUACUAUGUUCUCAUACGCAGGAAUACCCCCGUUAGCCGGCUUUUGUAGCAAAUUCUAUUUGUUCUUCGCCGCUUUGGGUUGUGGGGCUUACUUCCUAGCCCCAGUGGGAGUAGUGACUAGCGUUAUAGGUCGUUGGGCGGCCGGAAGGUUGCCACGAAUAAGUCAGUUCAGUUAGAGGACAGGACCGAAGGCAGUUCUCCGUGCACCGGACACGUAGCUUACCGAAUCAGUUGCGACACCGAUGGGAAUGCAUGCUACGAAAGACAGGGUCGAGUCUGAUACAUCAACCGUCUACUCAAUAUCCUUAGUAGAGUCCACAAUCACUACACGAGAUGAACCUUGGUUUGGUGAAUUGAAGUUCUCCUUAGGUGUAAUAGGACUCCCAGUUACUGCGCGCGAUCGUAUAAUGAGGUGCUCCCCGCCGGUUGUUGGAACGACGCGAGCCGGGACGGGCCUGGAUUCAGAAAGAUGAAGGGCCCAAAAGUAGAAAUAGGGGGUUGCAAAUUCCCCAUCUCAUUGGGGGCGGAAAACGAAUCGACAUCUCGAUGUGAUACAGCCUUUUCUUUUUUAGUUGGGAAAGAACGGCGAAGUCCAUCCGAACCGAACCGUCCAAUGAAGAAUAAGAGGAGAGCAAAGCGCCAAUAGCGCGUGAAGCGCAUGCGGAGCAGGCUCGGAGAAAAAUCAGUGUGGAGGAGAAGCAGCCGAGCUCAUUCCCUUCGCAUCCUGGGCCCAAAGCACUGCCGUCUUUCCUGGCCAAAUCAAGGAUUUGGGGCUUCUUGCUACGCUACUUAACUAUAUAAAUCCUUUAGUAAUAUAUAAAUGGAAAGAUAGAUCCAUCCAUCUAUCCUA